AUGGAGACUAGCACGUCUGCGGCGAGCGUCUUCAACCUCUACCAGGAAGGACUAGCACCCGUCCAAGUAUUGCAGCUGUGCUUCUUGCGCAGGCGUGCACCGCGGCGGCUACGUCUCGAGCGCACGCGCAUCGAAGACGAUUUUUUGCUGCCACGACCGAAGCUACAGAUUGCGAGUCUGCUGCCACCCGCUGCGCGUGAUAGCGCGAAGUGGCACUUCCUGCAACCUCGACAAGCUGCAGCUGAAGCUGUCUGUCGAUGGUCCACAUUGGCCGAGAGCGAUUGGCGCUAUAUUCAUAGAAGUCUGCAGCAGCACACGAAGCAACAGCACGACCAAGACGCUGAGACGGUAGGGCUAGCUGCAAUGGCUGAGGUGCCAGAAAUCACCGACAUCUGUUGGACACUGGAACAGUGCUCCAGUGACGCGUUCGUUCGCUUCAUAUGGGAUCAUCUACUACUAUCGCUUCUCCAGCAGUGCCUGAACUCUGACACACUAACCUACCACCGCCUGUUCUCUCUCUUGGUUACCAACCGCUCGUUGGCCUCUCUCAGCCCCAAGGAUUUUCGUGUCAAGGUGCGGGCUCGAAACCUGCGGCAGGUUGACGACACCCUCGGAGCCCAGGCAGAACUCGUCCUCAUAGCAAUGUACCGAAGACAGCGCGACGCUACAAAUUGA